AUGACAGUCGCGUUCCACCACCAGCAGCUGGACCAGUCAAGGCGCGAGAUCAGGCUUCUAGAGCUACUCCCGAAAAGUCAAUGGCCGAACGAUUCCCAGCCCGCAUGUCGACUAUUUCACGCUAGUCUUACCCAGCAUCUGCCAUACCAGGCCUUAUCAUAUGUUUGGGGAGAUACGAACAAUCCUAUGCAUAUACUAGUAAACGGAUGUACUUUCGAAGUGACCAGGAACCUAUUCGAAGCACUGAAUGGAAUAGUCAAAUCAGAGGGUUUCAUUAUUUGGGUUGAUGCGAUAUGUAUCAAUCAGGCGGAUGAUGAAGAGAAAGGAUGGCAAGUCGCGUUGAUGGGCGACAUCUAUCGACAGACAUCUGAAGUGAUAGCGUGGCUUGGUCCGUCAGCGCACAACAGUGAUGCUGUUCUGGAACAUCUCGAUAUACUGGGUUCGAUUUCGGAAUCACUGGGCCUUCCCACAGACACUUCGCCCUGCUUGACCGCGUGGAAAGUAAUGUUGGGAAUCGCACCGGAUGAGGGUGAUCUUACUGAGUCCAUUUCCAGUCCUGUCGAGCUCUCGAUGUCCUCGCACGCAUUCAGAAUUCUCUUGCAUGUUAUGGGUGGCUUUGAGUCCCAUCGUUAUUUGCUGCGAUUGUCUGAUCUCGAUCAUCUCUUCAAACGACAAUGG